AUGGCCUCGGCGUCCCCCCGCUGCACAUCUGUCCGCCCCCCCGCUCUGCUGGCCGCGGUCGCCCUGCUCCUGCUGUCGGUGACCGCGGUUCGCUCCUCUCAGGGCGACAAGGAGCCGGUGUACCGGGACUGCGUGAAGCUGUGCGUCCGGACCAACUGCACCGGAGCCCGGCUGCGGGGCUUCCAGUCCGCCCAGCCGCAGUACAUGGCGCUGACAGGUUGGACUUGCCGUGAUGACUGUAGCUACCAGUGCAUGUGGACCACCGUGGGUCUUUACCAGGCCGAGGGCUACAGAGUCCCCCAGUUCCACGGCAAGUGGCCGUUUACGCGCUUCCUGUGUUUUGAAGAGCCAGCGUCUGCCCUGGCCUCUCUGCUCAACGGCCUGGCUUGCCUUCUCAUGCUGCUGCGCUAUCGGAGCAUGGUGCCACGCCAGAGCCCCAUGUACCGCACUAUCAACGCCUUCUCUCUGGUAUCUCUCAACGCCUGGUUUUGGUCAACAGUGUUUCACACCCGGGACACGUAUCUCACUGAGAAAAUGGAUUAUUUCUGUGCAACAGCGGUGAUUCUUUACUCAAUCUACCUGUGCUGUGUCAGAACUGUGGGUCUGAGGCGACCCGGGGUCUCCAGCAUGGUGGGAGUCCUGCUCAUCCUGGCCUUCACCUCGCACGUGUCCUACUUGACCUUCGUCAGCUUUGACUACGGCUACAACAUGGCUGCUAACGUCAGCAUCGGUAUGGUGAACCUCCUGUGGUGGCUGUGUUGGUGUUGGCAGAACCGGCGGACGCUGCCGUACUGGUGGAAGUGCGGCCUGGUGGUGGUGCUGCUUCACGGCCUGGCCCUUCUGGAGCUGCUGGACUUCCCCCCGAUGCACUGGGUUCUGGAUGCUCAUGCAGUGUGGCACCUCAGCACCAUCCCAGUGCACUUCCUUUUCUACAGUUUCCUGAUCGACGACAGCCUCUACUUAUUGAACACAGAGAAGAUGGGUGUCAAAGUCGAGUAGGAGGAGCCCAAUGCCUCUUCACCACGCCGACGCCCUCACUCCCCUGCGACCGGGGCCGCUGGAAACCCAAACACGGAAGUAGCUCAGCCUCCCAGAUGACAUGCAUGACACCGCUAUGACUUCCAUCGAAGUAGCCUCUGUUUACAUUUAUCCUGUUUGGAAAUUUCUUGUAUUUAUUUCCAUGAGAAUUAUCACCGUGGAUACUUGUUCUUCUUAACUUUGCCUUGUUCUCACAUGUGUGCUACCUUUCUUUUGCCAUCGCUCACAAUUGUAAAACAGGAUGAUGGGAAAAUAUUUUGUAUUCUCUGCCACAGCAGAACCAGUUUGUGACGCUGCGGAUCAAUAUCCUGUUUCCUGUGACUCUUUGUUGCUUUUGAAAUUGAUCCUGAAACCACGUUUUACCUUUUGAGCUUACGUGUCACCAGCCUCUUGUAUCUGCACAGGCGGCAGUUUGCUGUCGCUGACAAUAGAUGGCACCAAAUCACUUGCCAGGCUGUUGUUAACCUGUUUCUGGCUGGUACAGUUUGAGUCCAGGGUCCGUCCAUGCCAACUGUGGACUGGCAGGCCCAGCGAUGGGUGUUGGGGAGGGGGGGUACAUUGAGGGGGGUCGGCUGACUGCCAGCAGAUUGAUCUAGAGAGAGUGAGAAGGGGGUUUAUGUUUGGAGGCCGUUCUAGCUGACUGUGUAUUUGUUUCCCUCUCUUCUCACCAUCACACCUUUAUUUUCGUGCCUCUGUUGUUUCCAUCGCUGCUUUUCUUUCUCAUGUCUUUCUCAUUUUAGAUUCUCCUUUUAGCUGCAUUUUUUUUUAAUUUUCCACUCUUGUCGACCUAUUUGUGCUUUAUUCUGUUGACACUUUUACUUUGAUUACUUGACUUUUAAUGUGGGUAUUUUGGGGUAUUUCUGAUGAUGAUGAUGAUAAAAGUGUUUAUUUAAUUCACCUGGAUUGCCUUUGAGUGUGAGGUAGGAUUUAAGAACAAUGCAACAGGAAGUGUUUUUCUUUCCUAAUAAAUUCUGGAGGUAGGAGGUGUGUGUGUGUGCGUGCAUGCAGGUGCGUGUGUGAGCGAGAAAGAUUGUUCAGGCGUUUGACGUCCAUUAUUUUGAUUUGGUUGCCGCUGCAGUACUUCCCCAGAAUGACACACACAACCAGCUGCUUCACAGAAAACUGCCCCCAUCAUGUGAAACACUCCACGUCCCGCCAUGCCUGCCUUACAUACUGCCUGCCUUACAUCACAACCUGCUUGUCCAAGACCAUGUAUCCACUGUUUGGAUGAAAUCAGUUUCCUUCCAGCAAAACUCUUGAGUUCCCACCGUGUCCAUCUUCACCCCUCAGAGUUUCCCCUCCAUAUGUGCACUUUAUGGGUGUGUGUGUACUGUACAUGCGUUUUUUUUUUUUUGGAAAUACUGCCUCUACCGUUGUAUUCCUGUGUGAGAAUGCGAACAAUGACCACUCUGUGUGUACACGUUGCCUUGACUGGACAUUGUGUUGUUUUGUCCAUGAUACACUGAUUAUGUGUGCGUGUGUUUGAGGGAGGGAGUGAGCUAGAUUGUGCUCGACCCUUUUAUAAUAGUACUCAUGUGUAAGUGUGUGUGCUGGACAUUCGCUGCGUGAAUGCGUGUGUGAGACGAUGGGUAAAUUUAGCUUUGCUGACAGCCUGUGAGGGGGGGUGGUGGGGGAAGACAGAGGACAAAAGACAUGGAGAGGUCGUCACUGGUCCUGGUGGCAAAAAGUAGACCAGAAACAAUAAAUAGCUCAUAUUGGCAAAGGUGUAUUUAAUCAGUUAUUGUGUAUUGGACAUUUGUGAAAUGGUGUCGAUGGGACAAUAAACACCUGAAAAGCCCAUUUGAGCAAAAUCUAUUUUCAUCACUAAUCUAUUAAAAACUGCAAAUACUUUGUCCACUGUAGAGAAUUAACCUGAAGUUAUUUGUUUCUGGAGGAAUUAACAUCCAACUCCACUUUGUGCUCUGUACAUUUCACUGUUCUUUCUUCCUCCUGACUCAUAACCAGUCUCAUACCCAUCUGCUGCCCCCUGCCUGCUGCCCUGCGCCCCAUCACCUCUCCUCCCGAGGGCACCUCCCUCCUCCUCGCACCGACUUUUUGACCAAAAAGAGAAAAAUAUUUAACAAGUCGAACAAAUAAAAGUGUUCUUUGUUGUGAAGGA